GCAGCCAGGAGGCUGCUCACUUCCCUGUCUCUCCAGCCCAGCUUCUCCCUCAGCUUUUGGAAGGGUGGGGGAUCCCAAGCAGCCCCUCGGAGCAGCCAUGUCCCGCUCUGUGACUUUCAGCUCCCGUUCUGUGGCCAUCCCAGGGCUCAGCCAAGUGCGGGUCAGCACCGUGGCCUCAAGCCGUGGGGUUGGAGGGGCUGCCAGCCUGGGCAGGGCUGGUGGCUUUGGCAGCUCCAGCCUCUACAACCUCGGCUCCUCCAACAAGAGGAUUUCCCUCGGAGGCAGCAGCGUCCGAGCUGGAUACAGCUCUGGAGGGAUGGGAUUCGGUGGAAUGCUCAGCCCCGGGGGCAUCCAGGAGGUCACCAUCAACCAGAACCUCCUGACACCCCUGAACCUGGAGAUUGACCCCAAAAUCCAGCAGGUGCGCAAGGAGGAGAAGGAGCAGAUCAAGACCCUCAACAACAGAUUUGCCUCUUUCAUCGACAAGGUCCGGUUCCUGGAGCAGCAAAACAAAAUGCUGGAGACCAAAUGGAGCCUUCUUCAAGACCAGAAAACUGCCCAGAGUAACAUUGCCCCCAUGUUUGAGACCUACAUCAGCAACCUGAGGAGGCAGCUGGAUGGGCUGCUGAGUGACAGAGGUCGUCUGGAGGCUGAGCUGAAGAACAUGCAGGAUCUGGUGGAGGAUUUCAAAGCCAAAUAUGAAGAUGAAAUCAACAAACGCACAGCAGAGAACGAGUUCGUGGUGCUGAAGAAGGAUGUGGAUGCUGCCUACAUGAACAAAGUGGAGCUGGAGGCCAAGGUGGAUGCCCUGACAGAUGAGAUCAACUUCCUGAGGUCUCUCUAUGAAGCGGAGCUUCAUGAGCUGCAGGCCCAGAUCUCUGACACUUCUGUGGUGCUGUCCAUGGAUAACAACAGAAACCUGGACCUGGACAGCAUCAUCGCAGAGGUCAAGGCUCAGUACGAGGAGAUCGCCAACCGGAGCCGGGCAGAGGCUGAGUCCUGGUACCAGAGCAAGUACGAGGCUCUGCAGGUGACUGCGGGGAAGCACGGGGAUGAUCUGCGCAACACGAAGAACGAGAUCUCUGAGAUCAACCGCAUGAUCCAGAGGCUGCAGGGGGAAAUCGAAGGUGCCAAAGCCCAGCGUGCCAAGGUGGAAGCAUCCAUUGCUGAGGCUGAGGAACGGGGUGAGUUGGCUCUCAAAGAUGCCAAGGCAAAGCUGGAGGAGCUGGAAGCAGCUCUGCAAAAAGCCAAGCAGGACAUGGCCAGGCAGCUCCGGGAGUACCAGGAGCUGAUGAACGUCAAGCUGGCCCUGGACAUCGAGAUUGCAACCUACAGGAAGCUGCUGGAGGGGGAGGAGAGCAGGUUGGCCGGCGAUGGCGUUGGUAAUGUCAACAUCUCUGUGAUCAGUUCCAGUGCUGGAGGUGGCUACACCAGUUCCAGUGGAUUGCUGGGAGGAGGAAUGGGAGGAAGCUUCAGCCUGGGAGCUGGGAUGGGCAGUGGGGCUCUCGGCUUCUCCUCUGGGGGUAGCUCCAAGUCCUACAGCAUCACAACCACCUCAUCCACCAGGAGAAGCAUCAGGAAGUAACUCCAGGGAUGGGGAGCAGCGGUAGCCCAGGAGAUGGGAGGAGGGAAACCAGAUCAAGAAAACUUUAUUUUGUUGCCUUUUAUAAGAGGAAUUGGCUGCCAAAUUUCCUGCAGUGGUGAAUGAAUUGUAAUAAGACACAGCAAAGCCCCUGACCCUGCCACAGCUCACCUUAGGCUUGAUCCUGCACUGCUGAACUCAGUGGGAACCAUUCCACUGAGAGCAGGCUCAAGCCUGUAGGCUGUAAUUUAUCCAGGGAAGCAGGUGGGAUAAUGCUUUUGGUACUUGUGUGCUCGGUACCCCCUGCUCAGGGAUGGAUUUCACCCCUUGAAGGGCAAAGCAAUGAUUGGAGGGGCAAAUUAUUCCACAUUUCUGCUGUGGUUUUACAAAAGAGACCAAAGAUUAUC